GGGGAAAGUUUGAGGUAAUUGGACUCUUUUUGGACUCUCCCUCUGGAUACAUCUUGCAGUCCCCACCGGCAGAUGGAAGAUUUGGCCACUGGAAGCUUGUCGCUGUGCCAUUCGAGAGCCACACUCAGCUCUGGCUGAGGAAUCACGUCCACUUUUCACUCCAGAUCGUCCCAUCUUCCAGGGGACAAGGAAGGCAAAUGGCUAUGAUGGAGCCAGCUCAGAUGCCGGUGACCUUCGAGGAGGUGGCUGUGUAUUUCACCCGGGGACAGGGAGCUCUGCUGGACCCCGGUCAGAGAGCCCUCUACAGGGACGUCAUGCAGGAGAACUAUGUGAUGGUGACCUUGCUGGGUAAGGGAUUCCUGUGGCCUCAGCUCUUAGAUGCACGUCUGAAUCUCAUCAAGUUCUUCCAUGUAUUCCCCAUUCCCAAACCUGACCUGAUUGCCCAGCUUAAACGAGGGGAAGAGCCGUGGGUCCCAGAUCUCCAGGCUGCUGAGGAAAGGGAGAGCCCAAGAGGCACCUGCACAGCAGGUGAUAGGACAGUGAGUGAGAACAAGGAGGAGAAUCCACAUCAGGAAGGGCCUGAGCAAAUGGAACCACAGGAGAUGUUUUUGAGAAGAGCCGAAGGGAAUUUUUCCCAGUGCUUGGAGCAGGGAAGUGCCUGGGAAGAUGGAGACAGAUCAGAGAUGCAGCUGGGAAACUAUCCCGGGAAGAAACUGGAUGAAUCCACUGAACAUGGCGGAGGAUGCAAGGAUCCCAAGGAAACCUCAGUCCAGCAGACAAGUCACAAUGAAGAGAAACCCUACAAAUGCCUCGACUGUGGGAAAAGAUUCCGUUUCAGUGCAAACCUUGUUAAACAUUGGAGAACCCACACAGGAGAGAAGUCCUAUGAAUGCUUGGACUGUGGGAAAAGGUUCAGUGAGAAGUCACACUUUAUUACACACCAGAGACUGCACACAGGAGAGAGACCCUAUGAAUGCCUGGAGUGCGGGAAAAAAUUUAAUGAGACAUCACAUCUUAUGUCACAUCACAGAACCCACACAGGAGAGAAGCCCUAUAAAUGCUUAGACUGUGGGAAAAGCUUCAGUAGGAAGCCUUAUCUUAUUAAACACCAGAGAUUGCACACGGGAGAGAGACCCUAUAAAUGCCUCGAGUGUGGGAAAGGUUUUAUCGAAAGUUCAUCCCUUACUAAACAUGAAAGAAUCCACACAGGAGAAAGACCCUAUACAUGCCUUGAAUGUGGGAAAAGCUUCAUUCAGAAGUCAGAACUUAUUAUACACCAGAGACUGCACACUGGAGAGAGACCUUAUAAAUGCCUUGAGUGUGGGAAUGAUUUCAGUAGUCGCUCCCGCCUUAUUAAGCAUCAGAAAAUCCACACAGGUGACAAACCCUAUAAAUGCCUCGAUUGUGGGAAAAGUUUUGUUGACAGAACAAAACUUACCACUCAUCAGAGAAUCCACACAGGAGAGAGACCCCAUAAAUGUUUAGACUGUGGGAAAAGCUUCAUUGAGAAGUCACAACUUAUUCUACACCAGAGACUGCACACAGGAGAGAGACCCUUUCAAUGCUGUGAAUGUGGGAAAAGUUUUAUUCGGAGCUCAGCGCUUAUUACACAUCAGAGAACCCACACAGGAGAGAGACCUUAUAAAUGCCUUGAGUGUGGGAAAGAUUAUAGUGAGAGCUCAAAGCUUAUUACACAUCAGAGAACCCACACAGGAGAAAGACCAUACAAAUGCUUGGACUGUGGGAAAACUUUCAGUCAGCGCUCACAUCUUACUAAACAUGGGAGAAUGCACAUGGGAGAGACACCUUAUAAAUGCCUUGACUGUGGGAAAAGCUUCAGUAAGAGCUCAGAGCUCACCAAACAUCAGAGAAUACACAAGGGUGAGACACCCUAGGAAUAGCUUGACUGCAGACACACAUCAGUGACCCACACAACAGAGAGACCUUGAAUGUGGGGGAAGGUUUAUUUGGUGAUCCCAGAGUAUCAGGCAUCUGCAAAUCCGCAUAGGGAAGAAACCUCUGAGAUGUUCGCAGUGUGGGACAUGGUCCACAUGGAGCUAACACCAUGUUGGACAUCAGAGACUCCUCUACACAGCAGAGAAAUUCUCUAAGGGCCCUGACUGGGGCUGGCUAUGGUGACCAACCCAUUUCCUCAUUCCCACACACAUCAGGGGCAUUUGGCUCCCAAGGAUCCAGCUGCCCAUCACUGCGGUGAGGAUCCAGCAGCAGCCAAGCAGCAGCUGGUCAAUGACCCUCUGUCUCUGCCUGGUCUAAGCAAACCCCAGGCAGAGGAGGAGAAGCCCCCAUCAGCCCCUCCUCCCUGCUACAGCCCUGGCUGCUGAGCUGAUGGGGCAUAGGUGGGGGAACGGAGAGAGAGAAACUCCUCCAGCCUCUCCCUCUGCCUGGCUGAAGUUCCCCCCUCUCCCUUACCUUCCCAGUCGGGAUCCCCCUGCCAUGGAGAUGAGGAGAAGGACACUUGUGCCAGGCCCCACUUUCACUCUAGAUGCCUGUCCCCACGCCGCAUCUUCCCCAGCCCUUGCGCUGGGCUCCCCCACUGACCUGGAGCUGUUCCUUGCAUGGGGAGUGUCCUUGGGGGCUAGAAACUCCUCCCUUCCCCAAAUCCCCCAGGGCACUGGGCUAUGGGCAAUCAAAUAUUAAGGGACCAGGCCAAUGAGUUAUGGGGAGGACACUGGGGGUUGAAUGGUUGGGGCUGGGGGAGCUGGGAAGCAGGGGGAGCUGCGUGCUGGGGCUUUUGAGUGUUUGGGGAUCAUGGGACAAGAGGAGAGGGAGAGCACAGCAGCAGAGACUUGCUGUCUCUCAUCACUCACCCUCUCUGCCCCUUCUCCCUGCCCCCUCUGCAUUCAGGCAGCACCACUGAGGGGCUGAUUCCCACAGGGCCUUUUGUGGGAGGCCUGGAGAUCCCACUUCUGCCUCUGCAGCAUCAGCCUCUGAGCGUGUCUAUGGUAGGAAACAUGGUCAGGAUUAGCCAGCGCAUCUCUGUGACCCUGCACCAGUUUUUCUACUGUAAACUCUCCCUGAGCAUCUUAUGUGCAAGGCUGAGAUUUGUCAUGGAUAUUUUUAGUAAAGGUUGUGGACAGGUCACGGGCAAUAAAGAAAAAUUCACGGAAGCCUGUCCAUGACUUUUACUACUAAUAUCCGUGACAAAAUGGGAGAGAGAAGGCUCCAGCACCUAUUGCUGCUGGGGCUCUGGGGUUCCAUGUCAGCUGGGGAGGUGCGGGGGCUCUGGCUGGGGUCUCCGAGGGCCCCCACCACCACCACCUGCAGCUCGGAGCUCUGGAGCCGCCCCGCCAUCCAUGCCUGCUGGGAGCUAUGGGGGGCCCCCAGCCACCCGCAGUGACUCAAAGCUCUGGGAGCCACCCAUUGCGGCCAGGAGAUGUGGGGUAACCCCACGGCCUGCAGCAGGUCAGAGCUCCAGGGGGCAGCUCUCGGCUGCCAUGGGUGGCAGGGGGACCCCGCAGUUCCAAGCCACCACGGGCUGCAGUCACGGAGGUGUCUGGAAAUCACAGGUUGCCUGAGUUCCACAACCUCCGUAAUAAAACCGUAGCCUUACUUACCUGUUCUGACCCCCUCCCAUUCACAAAGUGAUCGUUAGUCCCUUUGUUUCCCCUUUGGGGCCAGAUUGUCUCAUUCCUAGAUAGUCUCACAUUACACCAGGCCGUGCUGAAAAGCAUUAGUGUUUGUACAUUUUCUCCCUUUAUGCACAAGAAUUAAUGACAUGCUAAAUAAAUGGGGAGCGGGGACAGUAAAAUGUGGUGUUUUAGCGUCUGUGCUCUUUCAGGGCAAUGGGGUGAGUCUCAGGGAUUCCCUCCUUCCCCCAUCACUGUCAUGCUCCACUCUCGACACAGCAGCCCCUGUCCAAGCGAUGGAGAGUUUUAUCCUGUCCUCGUUCUACCCCUCCAUCUCCUAGGGUGUCACUUACCCCCGUAUCCCUGUCUCUCCAUGCUUAGGAAUCACAGUUUGAUGUCUAUGAUCCUAAGUCAGACUCCGGAGGGCUGGAGAAGAAAGUGUCAUAGACCUAGGAGUGGGUGGGGAAAUCCCAUUGAACCUCAAAGCACAGUUUGACCUUUCAGAUCUUGUAGCCCUGUUUCCAUCUAUUGGUAAAAUUGCUUCCUGGCUUUUUCUAGGCUAGUCCAGAUCAUUUGUACAUCGGAAGAUUUGUCUUUCUUUCUCUUUCUUUUAUUAUGAUGAUGCUAAAGCUUUUGCAACUAAUACAACCAAAUAAUGAGGCUAGAAGUGAAGCCGGUUUAGUGGCUUCAGAAGAACAUGGGUAAAUUUAUUUUCCUGAUUUUGAGUCUUAAAUGAUUCUCUGAGAUUUUACUUUAUGAACAAGAACGUGUUUUAUAGCCCACCCUGGAUUGUGGGUUUUUCUCUCUUUGUGAAGGCCGUUUGGUCACAUACUUUGAUAUUAGUUUAGUUUGACAGGAUGUAGGUCAGAUUCAUUGAGGACUUGACAAGACAAAUUAUCAUUUGCCAGAAUAGUCCUUUUUUAGAUUUUAUUUUAAUCUUUAUCUAACCCUUUGUCAUGAGAUUUUUUUUGUGUGGUUUGAACAAUGACAGUGAUCAAUAUCUCUCAGCACAAGCAGUGAUGGUAUGAGAUACAUUCACAGUGGUCGAGCCUGAGACUGAAACAGGGAAUGAAGUUACUGCCUGAUCUAUGAAGUGAUGUAAGAUACCAUUUGGAGGGGCAGAAGAUGAGGGGAACAGAGCUGGGAAACUGCUGGGUUUGCUCCUCAGAGCCAGACGGCUGAGGCUGAGAACUGUGAACUCGCUGCACCGGUGCCAGAGAGAAACUUGAAUUGGAUUGUGAGUGUCUUGUGAAGCUGCCCAUGAAAUCUAAAGGACCAUGAACGACACUCCAAAAAAUGAUCCGGGGGUAGGGGGCAGCAUCUCCCUAUUGCAAAGAUGCUGAGGUUGGGUGUAGCCAAGAAGGGAGCCGGGGAUAUCAACAGACCUGGGCAGCCUUGAAGCCAGGCCAAUACCCAGCAUUGAGGCCAGAGGGAGAUGGGCAACCUUACAGUUCAGCUGCUCACUGUGGCACUGCGUCCCAUAUUCUUCAUAGAGAUACUAUUAUGGUAUGAUUAUAGCAUAACUAUGAUGUAUUUUUUUCAAGAUAGGUCAUGUGAAAGAUCAUUGAAAAGGGUAUGAUUUACUGAAUAUGAUGAUCCUAUUUGUAUGCAUCUAUCUUUUUGUAUCUGAAGUUAGGAAUAUUGGCUAUGCAUUUCUAUUAGAAAUGUGUUUACACUUGGGGAACACCCACUAGGCAAGAUUGUCAAUAGGGCUGU